GACAUUUCUUAUCAGCCUGCAGCCAGCUGAUAUCGUAUACGCUGCGCCAAUGGAAAUUUACUCUGAUUUCUGCAUAUUUUUUCACAUCUCAGUCGCAGAUAGUGCAAACGAGUUUCCUUGCCAUUAAGAUUAACCCGAACCAAUAUAUUAAUAGAUAAUAUAUAUACUAAAUACUAACCUACAAUAUAAUAGUGAAUAUGUCUGCUGUGUCUUUCAUUAAGUCUACCAAAGGCAAAGUUAUAUUAGCGACCGUGGCGGCGUUACAUAUAGCAAUAUACGUCUCGAAACCAUCAUUUUUCAAGGGCGAAAAAGAGAAUAAAACUUCUGUAGCGCCGAAGUAUCUGCCCUAAGUCUCUGCGACCUUCGCUAUCGCGGCAGAUAAUUUACUACGGGACUAAAUCGAAUUGAUUCAUGAAUUAUAAAACGCUCUUCGGUUACGUUACGAGUUCAGUCCGUAAAGGUCUUGUGAAUAACUUGUCGCGCAACAUGAGUACGGGAAGGUUUCGAGUUUACAUCACGAGGUCAGAUAUGCCGGAGUCUGGCUUAGAUUUGCUAAAAAAAAAAUGUGACAUUAAAACAUGGAAAGAAGCAUCAACAGUUCCUCGAGAGGAGUUCCUCAAAAGCGUUGCCGGUGUGGACGCAAUAUACUGCACACUCAGCGACAAGAUAGAUCAGGAAGUGCUGAAUGUAGCCGGACCACAACUGAAGGUCAUAUCAACUAUAUCUGUUGGCUAUGACCACAUUGACUUGACAGAGUGCAAAAAAAGGGGCAUCAAAGUAGGGUACACACCCAAUGUAUUGACGGACGCUACAGCUGAACUUACAAUGGCAUUAUUGUUGACAACAUCAAGAAGAUUACCGGAAGCACAGCUGGACGCUAAAACAGGUGGCUGGGUGUCCUGGGCCCCCAAUUAUAUGACGGGACCUGGGCUUAAAGGUGCCACUGUUGGCAUGGUAGGUUUUGGGAGAAUAGGCCAAGCUGUUGCUAAGCGAGUCAAGUCCUUUGAAACUGCCAGGAUACUGUAUUUCAGCCGCAGCGAACGAGCAGAGGCCAACGAAAUUGGUGCCAUCAAAGUCGAAUUUGAUGAACUUCUUAAAGAAAGUGACUUUGUUAUAGUAUGUGCUCCAUUGGUGCCUGAGACAAAGGAGAUGUUUAAUAAAAGUGCAUUCGAGAAAAUGAAACGCAGUGCUGUGUUUGUAAAUACCAGCAGAGGUGCAUUGGUUGAUCAAAAUGCAUUAAUAUAUGCUCUGGAAAACAAAAUAAUUUGGGGUGCUGGCUUAGAUGUCACCACUCCGGAGCCUCUACCACUGGACAGUCCGCUGUUUAAACUGAAAAAUUGUGUUGUUCUACCUCAUAUUGGCAGUGCAACUAUUGACACAAGAAAUACUAUGAGCGAGUUGACUGCAGCAAAUAUACUUGCUGCCUUGCACAAUGCCAAAAUGCCAGCAGAAUUAAAGUAGUUUUAAUAAUAAUGGAGAUUAUUUGUAUUUUUUAUAACAUUUAAGAACAAGAAUUAUUGUUUUCUGUUUAUAAUAAAAUAGAUUUUGAAAAA